CUUAUCUCUUGUAUUCGUAUUAUUGAAAUUUAAAGAAAAUGUCAUUUAAACUAUUAAAAUUAUAUGUAACAGCUGCAAUCACGUGUCAUUUAAUUACAGUGUCUUCGGAGAAAUUUGAUUAUAUAGAAUGCCAAUAUUACACAGACUGUGUACACAUAUUAGGAAGUAAAAGCGAUUGCUACAAUGAAGUGUGCGGGUGUAUGCCUGGAACCCAUAUGGAUCCAACAGACCACAAAUGCUACACAACAUUGCCGUUGUACGUCGAAUGCCAAUACGACAAAAAUUGCCUGCUCAAAAACGGAUCGUACGGAAUAUGCAACGGCAUCUGCGAUUGCGGCGAAGGAUUCAGGGCGAACCGAGACAUGAACGAUUGCGUACGAUCGAAAAAUUUGGGGGACUUGUGCGUAGCAUCCGAAGAAUGUUCGCUGAUCGGACACGCGACGUGCACGGGCAACACGUGUUUGUGCGAGGACGGCUAUUCGAUCUCCAUGAACGGGAAAUUCUGUUUGAGAGAUGCGGAAAAUUUCGGAGACAGCUGCGAGGAGAACGUCCAGUGUAAGAAGAGAUUGACGGACGCCAUAUGCUUGGAGCACCUCAAGACUUGCGGUUGUCCACCCACGAUGCACGUGCACAACAUCACGUGCAUCGAAUCCUUUCAAUUAGGGGAUGUUUGCGACAGAGAUGAGGAGUGCGAGUACACGUCGGAUAUGAUUGGAAAAAUUAAAUGCGUUAAUUACAGAUGCGGAUGCGUCGAUCGUUCCUUUUGUAAUUCCGGUUCCGACCCUUUGUCUGUGACGAUUUUCUUGUUUUGUGUAGUUCUAUUUGUACAACAUUCUCUUCGGUGAUUUAUAAUUGAUGAGAAUAUUUAUAAAUAUGAAAAUAAUUGUAAUUUAAUAUAUUUAAUAUAAGUCAUUUUCAAUA